CUUGUUUUUGUAUCCCUUCUGGUGAGUGCGCCUUCGUAUGAUAUUGGAUGCGUAUUGGACGUUUGAAAAGAUCUGGGCCUUCACGUAAAGCUUAUAUGUAGUGCGCUUUGAAAUGGCAUCGAUGUCAUCCGAUCCGAAGAACGCGUGCCCUCAUCCUGUGCUUCCUUCUGCGCACGGAAACCUCCCCUCUCCUCCAUUCUCUCACCCACGCUUGCGUGGAUCCUCGCGCGCAAUAUUCUCGUCCCGCAUCCCUCCCUUUCUGUUGUAUCGCGAGUCCCGAGAGACAUGACGCGCGCAACGGUCCAGCCGAACGUGCUCAACCCCCAAUACUGUCCCGCGGCCCUGCUGCCGGCGGGCUGCACGCGCGGGAACUCGUGUCACCUGCGGCACGACAUCGUCCGCUGCACAUGCGGGGUCAUACUCGUCAAGAGCGCGGUGCACGCGCACAAGCAGGGCAAGCGGCAUCGCGCGCUCAUGCUAUCCGAGGCACAGAAGAACCAGGCCCAGACCCCGCCAACGGUGCUGCCCGAACGCCGUCAGGUCAGUAGUACGAACGGCGCACCCCAGCAUCUGCGGAAGCUGCUGUCCACGGCCCACGCGCUCGAGGCCUCCGCGCAGGACGACAAACAGGGCAUCACGGUGUCGCACCGGGACGGGCUCGACUUUGGCGUCGUCGGCGAGGAUGAACGGGUUUACAUUGACGUUACGAUCAUGAGGACGAAAGCGAGUGGACACGCGCGGAUCUCGCUCGAGUCGAUCACGGUGCGAGCUGCACGGUCAGUUUUCCGCUGAUCUGCACCUCGGUUUCGUGUCUGAACGCACCCCCAGCUUCACUGCGACCCUCUCCGGCAAGUCCCGCUGGGUGACCGCUUCAGAAGCCCGGACGCUCUCUGUGCAAUUCCGCCCCGGGGACACCUCCCCAUCGGCGGCGUUGCCGGACGGUGCCUACGCGGACGUCCUCGAGCUCGUGUUCCACGAUCUAGUCGCGAACGCCCGGUUUCUAAUCGUCCGCACGCUGCAGGCUGUCGUCGGCUCCCGCGAGGACCACGAGCAACUCAAGCCCAAAGCGCCAUUCACCCGGCGGCGCCGAGGGAUGCUGCCGCCCGCGGCCCCAGGCGCCGACCAACGCGUCAUCCGGGUUCCCCGGCCCCCGAAUUGGGACACCCCGAAUGUCUGGGUGGGGUAUCUGCCUGAAUACAAACCCCCGCCGGCCUUGGUCGAGGCUGCGUUCGGGGGUCCGGAUCCUGGAUCCAACUCCCGGGAGGUGCUGCAGGCCGUGCGCCGAUUCCUCCCCGACACUUUCUCGGUCAAGACGUACGCCGAUCAUUUCCAGGUGAUGCUGUUCAUCGAGGACGAGCACAAGAGACUGGAGCUGGAGAUGUAUGCUUUGAGUGGGGCGGAGAUCGUGCCGAACUAUCCGAGAUAUGAUCUGGAAGUUAAGGGCCUCGAGGAUGGACGCCCUAGUGUGAUUGUGGGAGAUUUCAUCCGCGUCCGGCAAAGUGGCCAAGAUUCGGGUCCGUGGCACGAAGGCCGCGUGCACAAAAUCCAGCAAUCGCGCGUCAGUCUUCAUUUCGGUGACGCCUUCAACACGUACAAGGGCACGAAGUUCGACGUGCGAUUCGUGCUCAACCGGCUCCCGGUCCGCAGAAUGCACCAAGCGGUGCGCAACCGGUUCCGCGAUGCGAGGAUCCUGUUUCCGCGUGCGGAACACGUGCUGCGCAAGACGCGCGUCACGGAGAGGGAGAAAAGCGAGCUAGCGCCUGUGAAUCGCUUGGUCGCAGCAGAUCCCGAGCAAUGGGAAACGGUGGUGACGAUUGUGAACCAACCGAGAGGGAGCGCGCCGUUCCUUGUGUUUGGACCUCCGGGAACGGGCAAGACUGUGACUGUCGUCGAGGCUAUCCGUCAGCUACUUUCCCGCGACCCAUCGAUCCGGAUCCUGGCCUGCGCGCCGAGCAAUUCCGCCGCGGAUCUCCUCGCGAUGAAUCUCGUGGGUCUCGGUACGACUGAGCUGUUCCGGCUGAACGCGCUGUCCCGCCGAUACGAGGACUUGCCUAAGCCGCUCCAGCCGUUCUCGGCCAUCAACGACAAGCGCACGUUUGUGCUGCCUACGAAGGAACGUCUCGAGGGCUACCGCGUCGUCGUCGCUACGUGUCUUUCGGGCGGGGUACCCGCGAGCUUGGGCGUUGAGAAGGGCCACUUUGGAUACAUCAUCGUCGACGAAGCGGGGCAGGCGACGGAGCCCGAGGUCAUGCUGCCCAUCAAGAGCAGCGCCGAUGGGCGGACGAAUGUGAUCUUGGCGGGCGACAACAAGCAGCUGGGCCCGAUCGUGCAGAGUCCCAUCGCCAGCUCGCUCGGGCUGAAAGUGAGCUAUCUGGCGCGGAUGAUGGACCGAGAGAUCUACAGUCUGGACGGGGAAACGCCCGCCGCACCGGGAUCCGGAGUAGGACGCGGAGUGACGAUCGUCAAACUGCUGCGCAACUUCCGGUCGCACCCCGCCAUCCUCGAGUACCCGAACCAUGAGUUCUACGGGGGCGAGCUCCAAGCUUGUGGCGACGCGGCUCUGAUCCGUAGUCUGGAGAACUCGUCCGAGCUGCCCAGAAAGAAGUUCCCGAUUGUGUUCCAUGGGGUCGCGGGCAAGGACGAUCGCGAGGGCGCGUCCCCGUCGUACUUCAACAUCAGCGAAGCGACGGUCAUCAAGAAGUACGUCGGCGCGCUCAUCAGCCGCGACAACCGCGUGCGAGCAGAGGAAAUCGGCGUGAUCACACCGUACCACGCCCAGCGGUGCAAGAUCAGAGAGCUACUGCGCAAGGACCCAAAGAUGGCCGGGAUCACCGUCGCCAGCGUCGAGGAGUUCCAGGGCCAGGAGCGCCGCGUCAUCAUCAUCUCGACCGUCCGCAGCAGCACGGGAUACCUCGAAUCGGACAUCCGCCGCGCGCUGGGCUUCGUUGCCAGCCCGCAGCGCUUCAACGUCGCGGUGACCCGCGCGCAGGCGCUGCUCGUCGUUGUGGGCAACCCGGAUGUGCUGUCGCUCGACCCGCUCUGGCGCGGAUUUCUCGGAUACGUGCGUGAUGGAGGCGGUUGGAGGGGGAAGGCGAUGCCGACGGAGGUCGACGUGGAUCGGCGCAGACGGGCGGCAGAAACGGAGACCACGCAGCUCAUCGCGAGGCUGGAGACGAUGAUCGUUAGCAAGACUGACGAAGAUUUUGAUUUGGAUGGAUUCGGAACGUCGGAGUCUGCCGUCCGCUGGGAUGCAGAGUGAUUGGGCUAUGUGGACAGGAAUCUACAGGAAUGCGCGCAAGAUCUAGAUCAACAUAGCUUGUUUAUGAAACUAGGGGACAACAACUCUCAUGAUACCAUCUACACUUGUUUGCAACUUUGCACCAUGUCAAUUGUUUGCAAAGGUUUCCAUUGACAGGGGAAG